AAAGCGCGUGCGAGAGAGAGAGCGCGAGAGAAAACGGUUUACCAAAGCAUCUUGAACUGCCGUCGCAAGAGAUGGCGUGGAGAGCCUUAGCAGCAUUGACCAUGCUGUUGUGUAUUGGCUCAUCUUGCUGCGAUGAUACUUGGGAACAGUACUCCUCUGCUGACACCAUCAACAAUGUCGUUCAGGACCCUAACACCGGCCGAAUCUACCUGGGCGCUGUAAAUGCCAUCUACCAGCUGAACUCUGACUUGGAUCUGGAGAGCACGGCCGUGACCGGCCCUAAGAACGACAACCGGCAUUGCACUCCUCCAAUAACCGCACAGUGCACCGAUGCAAAGUCAACAAACAACAUCAACAAGCUCUUGUUGGUCAACUCUCCAAAUGGCACCUUGGUCGUAUGCGGUAGCCUGUUUAAAGGCAUCUGCUCCCUGGUGAACCUGAACAGCGUGGAGAAGUCGGUGUACUACAGCGACACCAAAGAAGAGAAGACGUAUGUGGCCAGCACUGAAGAGACUGUCGCUGUGGUUGGGGUUAUUUCUUAUUUCAUAGACCUUAACACUAACACUAAUCUAAGUGUGUUUCUGGUGGGGAAGGGCUACGGUGACUCGGACAGCCCAAAGCUUGUCAGCACUCGCUUAUUGCAGGAGCAUGGGGACAUGGACGUCUUCGAGAACAUGGUUGAGGCGUCCACUGUGCAGGAAAGCCCUUUCGCUCAGCGUUACGUCCAUGACUUCCGCCACGCUUUCAAGGAUAACGGCUACAUCUACUUCCUGUUUUCACGGACCCCAUGCACCAGCGACAGCAGGAAUAUCACGUUUUUGGCACGCCUGUGCGAGAACGACCAUAUGUAUUAUUCGUAUACAGAGCUUCAACUCAACUGCUCCAGCAACAUCAAUGGACAGGAAAACACGUACAACAAGGUCCAAGCAGCAUACCUGGCCACCCCUGGAGCGGUUUUGGCUCAUGAUAUUAAGCUUUCCGAAUCAAACGAUAAGGUUUUGUUUGUGGUGUUAAGCACUGAUGAGGACAGCAGCCGUUCGGCAUUGUGCAUGUACCCGCUCAGCACCAUCAAUGCAAGGCUCAAGGAAGUGAUAGAGUCUUGCUACAUAGGAGAAGCUGGGGAGGAUGGGAAACCAAAGACAGUUUAUUCACCAUACGUCUCUAAACCAGAGGCCAUCUGUAAUAUCAAAAGAACGCUAGAGAUGGUCCAGAAUUAUAAAUGCGGAGCAGAGUUCCUUCCCUCACCACUAGCCAGUAAACCAGAAUACGCCUUGGCUGUCAAACCCAUCUUCACCAAAAAAGAGAUGCUGACGUCUGUGGCUGUGGCGGUAGAGAACGAUCACACAGUGGCCUUUUUGGGAACCAGUGGGGGAGAUGUAUUAAAGGUGCAUCUGCAGUACCCUCCCAGCCUUAACUCCUAUAACAGGAUUUCAGGAGAACACGCCGAUAGUGGGGUGAACAAAAACCUGUUUUUUGAUUCAAGUUUUGAUCAUCUGUACAUGACCGCUGGCAAAAAGAUCACAAAAGUGCCGGUGCAGGCUUGUGAACAGAAGAAAGAUUGCCAAUCAUGCAUGUCCCAGCGUGAUCCGUACUGCGGCUGGUGUGUGUUGGAGGGCCGAUGCACCAGGAAGAAAGACUGUAGCAGAGGAACAGAAAGGAACGCAUGGCUGUGGAGUCCGAAGCAAACUUGUGUGACCGUUCAGGCCUUUGUUCCUCCCAACAUCAGCCGCAAGAAAACAGAUGGCACAAAGGUUAAGAUAUACGUUCCCUCCCUCCCAGGCAUCUCUGGUUCAGAUACACUGCAGUGUGAGUUUGGUGAUUUCAUAAGCCCAGCUACUGUGGAGGGAAGUAAUGUCAGCUGCGCUCUUCCGACCUCUGAUUCCAUAUCACCCACACCUGACAAGCAAGAUUUUGUGGCAGUGCCGGUGAAAAUUAAAGUGAAUGGUCGCAUCGAAGUAGCCUCCAGUUCGUUUCACUUCUACGACUGUGCAGCUGUGGUUAAGAGUGCAAAGAAUACACCUUGCAUAGCUUGUGUAACCAGUCAGUGGAGCUGCCAGUGGAACAUUCAGGAACACUCAUGUAGUGAUAAAAAUGAUGCUGCUGAGGGAUCCCAUAUCAUCAAACAUCUGGAGGUCGGUAUGUGUCCACAGUUUGAGCUCCCAGAUCCUCUUCUCAUUCCCGUUGGCUAUAAAACCCCCAUCAAAUUUCAGGGCAAAAACCUGGAUUUUUAUUCGGGCAAAACCUUACAGAUCGGCACUGAGCUCAUGAAACAGGUGGGCGAGGUGAUCGUGGAGGCUGACGGUUCAAAGUACAGUUUUGAAGGGUAUCAGUUUGCCUACAACAAAGAGCCAGAGGUGAACGUGAUUUUCUACGUAAAGGAUAAAGACACAGAGAGGAUGAUUGACAGCACCCUUACAGUGGUGCUGUACAACUGUUCAGUUCACCGUGAGGACUGCAGUCUGUGUAAGAACGCAGAGAAGAAGUAUAACUGCGUGUGGUGUGACAACACAAAAUCCUGCAUCUAUAAAGACCUGUGCAAACAGGAACUUACUCAAUGCCCUGCACCGACAAUUACAGAUAUUAUCCCACGGUACGGACCAAUGGAUGGACAGAUCUCUGUUACAAUAAAGGGCUCCAACUUGGGCAUCAAGCAGGAAGAUAUUAAAAGUAUUACUGUGGCAAGCGUGCCAUGUACCCAUCAACCUGAGAGAUACUCUGUGUCUACUUGUGUUGUCUGUGAGAUCGGGCCUUUCCCACCAUCACUCCCUCACAGCCUGGAAGGGCCAGUGGAAGUGGAGGUUGAUGGAGGACGACGGGGACUGUCUACUGUAAAGUUCACUUACAGGGAUCCUGAUCCCCUAGAGGUGACCCCUUCUAAUGGGCCUCAAGCUGGAGGAACCCUCAUCACCAUUACAGGAGAAAAUCUGGACACAGCUAGCAAAGAUGACAUCAGCAUCUUGGUCGGAGGAGAGCCUUGUGAAGUGGUGACAUUCGGCCAGAAUAUUACCUGCAAGACGGGCCCAUAUAAAGGUCAAAAGAUUCCUUCCGAAAAGUUGACCGUCAAAGUGAAGUACGGCAAGGUGACCGUUAAAGAAGUUAAAAACGGAUUCGAAUACUCUGUCAAUCCCAAAAUUAAAGAAUAUUUUCCACAGUCUAGCUUUCUUUGUGGAGGCCGUAACAUCACUGUGAAGGGAUCAGGAUUUGGUCAGGUGCAGAGAGCCACCAUGCAGGUGCUGCCCUCUUCUGACGAUUCCCCCGUCGCGCUGAGCAAUGUUACGUUUGUUGAGGAGUUUAGCAGCAAGAACGAGACGAUUCUGAAGUUCCUGUCUCCAGAAGUGCCAAAGGAAUACGAAAACCAGCCCUUAAAAAUAAUCAUCAAGCUGGACAACCUGGAGGAGGACCUAACGAACUUCCUUUACCACCCUGAUCCCACUUUCAUUUACCUGGAGGAUAAAACCAUCACAGAAGGCAGCAUCAUUGAUGUUAAUGGUUAUGGUUUCACCAGAGCCAUGUCUGUCCAAGAGGCCAAGGCGUUCGUGGGCGACGAGCCUUGCGUAGUAACAAUCUUGGAAAAUGAUAAGCUGUUCCUCAAUGCCCCCUCCAGGCGUCCUAAAUCCCCCUCCUUGCCUCCUAUAUCCACCCCCAGUCGCCAUCGCAGAGACACCAGCUCGGAGGCCAUGGAUCUCCAUAUACAGUUUGGAAAAGGAAGGUGGAAAGUGGGCUUUGUGCGCUUUGAGAGGAAGUACGAGGUUCCUUUGUACAUCAUAAUUCCGGUUGUCCUCAUUCCCAUGGUGCUCUCCAUUGCCAUGUCAAUAUAUUGCUACAGCAGGAAACACUGAAGCGCAUGAGAUGGCAUGCAAUCACGUCAUCCUUUAAAGGUCUCUCAAAAUGUGUGGUAGGUCCAUUGCAAUCGGGAUUUUCUGUUUUUAAGUAUUUUUUGCUGAAUAUAUUGGAAAUAAAAGUAUUAAUGCUUACAGUAUGUCACUUGUGUUUUUAUUGGCCUUGCAGGGAAUAUAACCUUGUACUUUCCCUCUCCUGCUUUUGUUACUGCUUGGUAAUCUACAUUUUCAUUGUAAUGGAUGGCUGCAAGGUACAACUUGUAAAAAUAUAAACAAGCAAUACAUUUAUUGUAAAUGUAAAUACUUGUCAGGAUCCUGCCAGAUUCCUGUUUUGUAUUUAGAUCUAGUUCAGCAUGGCAGGGUUCUGACAGUACAGUAGGUAUGUUUACAUGCAACCAAAUAAUCCGUUUGUAAUCGUAUUGAUUGCUCACAAGUCUUCAUGUAAACACCUUAAUCAAUACGAUUGAGGACGAUCGGAUGCAAAUUUGGAUCGUAUUGAAGGGGGUGGUGUACUUCGAUCUGUGAUCCGAUCCGCAGGAGAAAAGUAUGCAUGUAAACGCGUGAAUCACAGUAUUUUCUCAAUCGCAUGCUAAAAUACCUUGUCCACAUGCGCAGAACAUUUGUGCUUAAGUUCACGUCUUAUAUUAAACUCUUAUAUCACAUGAUUCUAAUCACAGAAACACACAAUAGUAAGGCAGUGGCAUCACGCAUUAUUAAGGUAAGGUUACUGGGGUCACGCGAUAUACAUUCUGCCGCGUUUAUGUGUACUUUUAAAAAAUAAGGCUACUUAAAGCAAUAAAAUAGUGUUGUGCCUUUUAAAAAGUGUGUUUUCAUCAACUAAAACUUCUUAAGAACAACUUUCUCCAACUCCGCUUUGACUUUAAUCUAGAGAUAAACUGUGAACUCGACGAGAGAUGCUGUCCGCAGCGAGGCGUUGCCAAGUCUUCUGCAUUUUUCGAGUUUAGAUUUGAACUUAGAUUUGUUUUUCUGCCUGUUAAAAAUGAAAGUAUUUCGUUCAUUAGUUAUUGAUAUUUGGUCUGUGAAUAGUCAUUGGGAUGCUUUUGGGUUAGUUUUGAAUGUCCCUUUGGGAUGGUUCUGAUACGCGAAUCUGGCAACCCUGGCUGUGCGCUUGCGCAGAUGUUCGGUUUCGGAUUCUAUAGAAUGUACAUGUAAACGAACAUUUUAAUCAGAUUGCAAUGUUUAGGGUGCAUGUAAACUAUAUUGUCGUAACCUUCAAUUGUAUUCAAUUCAAUCGGAUUUUGUGCAUGUAAACAUAGCCACUGUUUCAUGUGGGAGAUGCGUGGCUUUUGUAUUGGUUUAUUCUGACCACGCAUUUCCCGGGUGUCAUCACUUUUUACCCACUUCCUUACUUGUCAUUCAUUUCAGCUGUGCCUCAUUAUUUUCUCCCUAUUUAAAGUCCUUGUGUUUGGUGUCUUGUACUGGUCCGUUUUGAUCCGUUAUUGUGAGUACCCUGAAGUUUGUUUAGUUUAGGUCAUAGUCCAGUUGCUUGUUAUUGUCUUGUAGUUUAGUCUAUUUAGUUUAGUCUUGUGUUAAUCCUGUCUUUUGUUCAGUUUAUUGUUUGUUGUUUGCCCCAUCGUGGGUUUUGUUUUCUUGUUUUAUAUUUAAUAAAGUGUUUAUUGUUCAUCUA